GUUCAAUUAAAAUUGCUUAGCAGGCCUCAUUAAUAAUAAUUCGUAAUCUUGUUAAUCCGCCGGUAACCUAAAAUUAAAAGUCGUAAAGUCUUGGUGACGAAAAAUAAUCAAAGACAACAAAAAACAAAUAUAAAUAAUUAUGUUUCUUUCCUUUAAUUUACAUUUACAAUGAAUAAAUUUACUUCAUCAAAGUUUCCUGAAGAAAUGCUGUCUUUAACUGAAAACCCAUCAACUUUUUAUCAAGCGACUGUCAAAAAUGAUUUUACAGAAAUGGAAAAAAUAAAAGACAAGGCAUAUGACAAUGAAGUAAUUGAUUUUGAAGAUAAUACUUUUAAUUAUGACCAUAUUUCAAUCACUUCAAUCGAUGAUAAUGAAAAAAAGCUUGACGAAAGUUUGAAUUCAUCUCUUCCAUCUUCGAGGAUGAGGAAGCUUAGAAGAAAUACAAUUCGAAGCAAAUCCUUAAAACGAAAAAGUGGUGUAGAUGAAAUAGAUAUUGUAAAUGAAAAACCAAAUCAAGUGUCCUUUCUUGAACCAAUCGUAUUGGAUGACUAUCUUACUGAUCAUCGUCCUCGUGAAGGUGUUUCAUCAUCAAUUGAAGCUACUAUAACCAGGUUGCAAUCAAUUCAACAAACAACACAUCUUAGUCGAUGGCAACAUUUCAAGUUAAAUAAUGCAAUAAGAUGGUUGCAUUUUAGACGGUUUCUUGGAAACUUUAGAUCUUUUUUCAAUAUUUGGAAAGGUCACAUGAAAGAAAUAGAAGGUAUGUUUGGAUCAGGCGUUGUAUCUUAUUUUAUAUUGAUGCGUUGGUUACUUAUGUUAAAUGUUUUGGUUUGCAUCAUUCUCCUUUCGUUCUUGUUUGUUCCUCAAAUUAUUUUUUCGCAAAGCUCAAAAAGUCAAAGAACUAGUUUUACCGGAAUGGAGCUUUUAACUGGAGACGGGUGGUUUGCACAAUCAGAACUGUUUUAUGGUACCUAUACAAAUCAAACCAUUAAAAAUGGCUAUGAAAUGCAACAUGCAUAUUUACUUGCUGGUGGAGGAUACAUUUUUAUUGUUAUUUUUAUUAUGGCAGUUAGUAUGGCAAAGUCGUACAAUGAAAACUAUAUAUUCAGUGGUGAGAGUGCUGGUUUGUUCUCAUCAAAAGUAUUUUGCUCAUGGGAUUAUGGAAUCACUAAUCAAUCAGGUGCCAAGAUGAAGUGUCAAAGUAUUGCACAGGAUUUAUUGGAAACGUUAGGCUCAGAAAGAUAUAGUCAAGAUUUGUCUUUAAAAAAAUUGUGCAAUUUAAUACUUAUUCGACUGGUAACAAAUACAAUUGUGCUCAUAUUCAUAGCUGGAGCAAUAUAUUUGAUUUAUUAUGUUUCUGAGUUAGGAAAAUUAGAAAGUGAAUCGAUUAUAUAUGCUAUGCUUCCAGCAAUUACAAUUUCUUCUAUUAAUCUAUUUUUGCCACCAGCAUUUCGUCUUAUUGCAUCUAUGGAAUCCUAUCAAUCUGCUGCAAAUGAGCUGCAGAUAACCCUAAUGAGAACGACACUUUUAAAGUUUGCAAGCCUUAUAGCUUAUGUUGUUUUACUUUACAAGAAAAUUUCAGAAUAUUCAAAUAUUAACAAAUCAUUCUGCUGGGAGAAUUAUAGUGGGAAAGCCUUUUACAAACUUGUCAUUGUUGAUUUUAUUUCUCUUCUUAUCGCUAUUUUUUUUGGUGAAUUUGUUAGAAAUGUGCUGGUUACACAUUUAAAUUCAUUGAAAUACUUGGGCCUACCAGGUUUUGAUAUAUCAAGAAAUGCAUUGGACCUAAUAUAUAGUCAAGCUGUAUGCUGGCUGGGUACCUUUCAUUGUCCUCUUUUACCCGUCAUUGUUGUUCUAAAGUUAAUGAUAACAUUCUAUGCAAAGAAGUUUAGCCUUAUUCAUAAUUGCAGACCCACAAUGCGUCCUUUCAAGGCAAGAAAAAUGAAUUUAGUAUUUUUGGUACUGCUUUUUAUGAUGCUAGUUUUUGUUGUCAUAGUGACUGGCUACAAUAUUAUGAGCACUAACAAGUUAAAACCUUCAACACAAUGUGGUCCUUUUAGAGGUAUGAACAGUAUUUAUGAUAUUGUCAGUAUCAUUGUGGAAAAAUUACCAAAAGUAAUAAGUGAUUUUAUCAAAGUGAUUUCAUCUGCUGCUGUUAUAGCUGCCAUAACAUUUUUAAUGUUCUUUGUUGCCUACUAUUUUCGAAUAAAAAAACUUUCCUGCGAAAAAAAAAUAGAACUCAUGAAAAAGCAAAUUAAAUUGGUUGGUCAAGAUAAACAAUACCUAAUGGUGAAAUUACGAUAUGUUUUGAAAGAAAAUGUUCAUUUGGACUAAGAGAUAUGCAAACUCAAAAUAAAAUAACACCCAGUUUUUUUUUUUGGUGUUUUUUUUUUUUCGGUUUGUGAUUUUACAAAUAUCAGGUGUUGUGAUUUGUCUAAACAUUUUGUAUUUAAAUGUUUGAUAUGAGUGAAAUUUUUGUAUUUAAAUAUUGCGGUAGGGCUGAAAGGUUUUGUAAAGCAUUUUUAAAAAUCAUUUUUAUAAAACUU